GUCCGGGCCGGGGGAGGAGACGGAGGGAGGGGGAGAAUAUUUAUGGGUCGGUCCUGCAGGACUAGUGUAACAGGGACGGCGCUCCUCCUCCUCACUAUCCACUGUAACUAAUCACAGGCCCACCAGGAUUGGUAACAGGGAUCCAAAAGGCGGAAAAAAAGAAAUCUCCCAAGAUGUCAGAGCAGGCAGAUGUGGAGCUCUUCGUGAAGGCGGGCUCUGAUGGACAAACCAUUGGGAAUUGCCCCUUUUCCCAGCGACUCUUCAUGGUCCUCUGGUUAAAAGGAGUCACGUUCAACGUCACCACAGUCGAUAUGAAAAGGAAGCCAGUAAUCCUGAAGGAUAUCGCACCCGGAGCUCAGCCACCUUUCCUAUUGUUCCGAGGAGAGGUCAGAACAGACACCAAUAAGAUAGAGGAGUUCCUGGAGGAGACCCUGUGCCCCCCAACAUACCCAAAGUUGGCUGCCAAAAACCCUGAAUCCAACACCGCUGGACUCGACGUCUUUGCCAAAUUCUCGGCCUACAUCAAGAAUUCCAACCCUAGUGUAAACCAAACUCUGGAGAAGGGACUCAUGAAGGCUCUGCGGAUUCUGGACAAUUACAUGAACACUCCUCUUCCGGAUGAAAUAGACGAGAACAGCGCAGAGGACGAGAGCGUGUCUCACCGCAAGUUCCUGGACGGAGACGAGCUGACGCUAGCCGACUGUAACCUUCUCCCUAAGCUGCACAUUGUACAGGUGGUCUGUGAGAAGUAUCGAGGCUUUAAGAUCCCAGAAGCGUUCACUGGAAUCCAUCGCUAUCUCACAAAUGCCUACAAGCGGGAAGAAUUUCUCAGCACGUGCCCGGCCAAAAUCGAAAUUGAACUUGCAUACGCCCAGGUGGCCAAAUGCCUCAACUAACCAGCCUGCUCUUCAAAGGAAAGAGGAACCUCUUCUAUUUAAACACCUAAUAGUAAAAAAAACAAAAAAAAAAAGAGGAGAAAAAAAGCCCUAGCUUUUUAUUCCUUUAGGUAGAACAGAGCAUCGAUUGGCCUGUCCGACCACCACCUAAUAAAUCUGCCCCUUGUGACACCCACCUCAUCUUAGGGCACCUAAGUGUAGUUUUCAGCACCACCUCUAGUUGGCAGUGUCUAUGGUAAAUUUUUAGGACUCUUCUUGCUCAUAGGGCAAUACAUAUACCGUUCAUAGAGGGGGAUUCGUUUCUGAUGUGCCUUAUGGCUAUAUAUAUAUAUUUUUUUUUUUAUUGUUUGUGGCCUAUUUAGAAGUAAAAUAAUUUUGUAUGUAUUUUUAUGUUGCCAUCAUUCCACUAGAUGGGCUUGGACAAUCAAAUCUUAAUUCCUGUUAACUUCCAUAUAUUCAGCAGUCCAUAUAGACAAAAAAAAAAUAAUUUUUUUUAUUUUUU